GGAAGCUUUCUCUUGAGCAAUUCCCUACCCACAAAGACAAAGCUGCUAUUAUAACUAUUAAAGAACCCCAACAAAACAACACCCCCACAGUUCUUUCUCUCUUUCUCUCUCUUCAUGGACUUGGAUAUGAAGCAAUGGAGAUUCCACCAUGAACAGAAGCAAAAGCAUCAGAAGCAGCAGGAUGAGUCAGACCUAGAACAACAACAACAACAACAGCCAACAGGUCCAACACCUUCUGGUCCAGAUUCUGCCCUCCCUUUGUUUGUACCUGAAAUCACCAACAACUCUUUGCCUCUCUUUCCUCCCCCAACCUCCUCCACCACCACCACCACCAAGAUGAUGAUGAUGAUGCCAAGCAACAACAGCUAUUUCAGCUUGACUCAAUGGCAGGAGCUUGAAUUACAGGCAUUAAUCUACAAGCAUAUGCUCGCCGGUGCUGCCGUCCCACCUCAACUCCUCCACCUCCUCAACAAAACCCUUCUCAGAUCAUCUCUCCCUUUUCCCCUCCAACACCCUUUUCACCAAUAUCCCCAUUACCAGUCUCCUUUGUUGCAAGCCAGUGCCGCCGGACAUUGGGGAAGACCAGGAGGACCCAUGGAUCCUGAACCAGGUAGGUGCAGGAGAACUGACGGUAAGAAAUGGAGGUGUUCCAAAGAUGUGGUGGCUGCCCACAAGUAUUGUGACCGCCACAUGCACCGUGGCCGCAACCGUUCAAGAAAGCCUGUGGAAACCUCCUCAUCCUCUUCUGCAACUACUGCUAAUUCCCUAGCGGAUUCUCCAACAACUACUGCUCAUCUCAAUCAAAACAGGAGAACCUUAGAAGUGGGGACAGAAGAAAAUAAGGGUAUGUUUGGAAUGCAGAACGAAGUGGCUGUGGUUUCUAAGGAGCUGAAACCUGCUGGGGACCGUGUUCUACGCCACUUCUUUGAUGAUUGGCCUAGACCACCACUUCACCAAACUGAAAAUUCCGACGACACUGGUCCUGUGACCCUCUCCACUUCAACUAAUGUGUCGGAUUUCUCACUCAAACUGGCCACAGGGCAUGAAGAUGAUACUAAUAACAAUACUGAACGAGAUCUGAACCAAUUGAAUUGGGCUUCCGGAUGGAGAGGAGCAGGACCGAUGGGCGGUCCACUUGCGGAGGCUUUGAGGACCUCAACGACUGAUUCGUCGCCAACUAGUGUUCUACACCAUUUGGCACGACAUCCUAACUGAUUGUGUGUAUCCAGCAUGUUUUUCUAAUAACAACAAACAAAUGGGGGAAUGUCUUUCUAAGUUUCAAUCUCUUUUGAGAUUGCUUUGUGAUGUGUCUAAUGUCAGUUUGGAACACCUUUUAUGUCAGAUUUUCUAAUCCUAAUAAUGUGAAUCCGGAUUGGGAUUACAUUUGA